AUGGCCAUGUCUGCAACGAGAGGUCCUGAACGCAGGGUCCUUCACCACCAGCCAGGGAAACUCCCUCUUGAAGUUAUUGCAGAGAUCAUUGCCACCGUCGCGGAUGGUACCGACUUCGACUCAGCGGACCCCGACCGUGACCCCGACGUACACCACCCUCUCGCCGACGCUUCUCUAGUAUCUCGCACAUGGAACACCAUAUGCCGACCUCACGUCUUCCACACCCUCAGCAUAUCGUCCACGAACACCUCCGCCCGCCUCCACUUCCUCCACUUCGACGCGCCCUACCUCAGCGACCACAUACGCACAGUGCGCCUCUGGCUGGAGGGCGAAUACGCUUGCCCCGAUUCAGAGUGGUACCCGGCGUGUUUUGGUAGGUUGACGAACUUGCGUGCAUUGCACGUCGACCACGGGAUCGCGAGCUUGUUGAAGGAGCAGGAGCUCCUCGCCGCGGGGAUCUCUGCCAUGCUCGCUGCACCUUGCCUCCGCAAGCUGGUGUUGCGCGGGUGGGACUUCUCCACGGGCGCCUCUGACCUCUUCGCCAUGCUCCCGCCCACCCUCGAGGACCUGAUGCUUGAGCUCAUCAGCGCGACGACGGAGGGCGACACGGCGCAGCCAACAUCGCCCCUGCGUCUAUACGCCCUGCGACACCUCGAGCUACAGGCAGUGUUCCAUCCCAUGCUCACAUCCACGCGUUUGAUCGACUGCCCGAACCUGCAGCGCCUGACUGCCGGAUGGUACGCCUACCAGUCUUGGAAUCUGCCGCCAUGGAUCCCCGACACGCUCUCCGAGCUUGUGCUGCGUGCCGCGCCUGAAUGCAACAUUCCCGACUUCGGUACGGCUAUAAAACCAUCAGCUGUAACCAUCGAGCCUUCAGGCGAAAUGUCGUACCUCGAAGUAUUCGUGUGGAUCCAAGACUGCAUCAACCACCUGCCAUUUCCCGGCUGUAUCCAAACGCUCACUCUGAAUAUCUUCAAACAGCAGUCCGCCUCCGACGAUGACUGCGAGGGUCUCUUCCCUACGCCAUCGGAGUACGAGGUACUGUGCUCUUUCCUCGUCCGGCUUUAUGAAGGAGGCGGGGUACGAAGGAUCACGUUGAAUAUGACGGCGGCCGUACACGCGAGCGCGGCGGAAUUACGUGUAGACGCAGGGCGGGAGGCGGCGAAAGUGGAAACUGCAUUCGCGAUGCUGCUGGAGGGCAACGUGCUUGAUGUGUGCUGUAUGUCGGCAAGUUGUCAUGUCGAAGACACAAUCGUGCACUGCAGAAUACCGAGAAGGGAGAGUGUGAAGAGUAUGUAA